AUGUCUCGGCCUGAAUUCAACAUACCUCAGUAUACGGAGCUUCCUCCGGUCCCCGGAAUGCCGCCAGGAUGUGCUUGGGGUAUUUGGGACAAGAAUGGAGUGAAGGACCAAGUUGGGAGUCUAAAUCUUCUAACCCCAGAGACUAUUUUGGAGGCCAAGAAAGAGAUUCAGACUGGAGUAUCGGUCUCACUCAAUUGGCCACUCGAGAGGAUUGAAGACCCAGGGCACAACCGAAACGCAAUUGUACACAAGUUUCUCGACUUGAAGCCGAAUUUGGUUGGUCAUGACGAUGAGAUAUACAUCAAUACGCAAACAAGCAGUCAAUGGGACGGUCUCCGUCACUGGGCGCAUCAGCCUACAGGACUUUACUAUAAUGGUCUGACCCAUGAGGAGAUCAGUGGCUUGAACCCCAACAACAAGAACGGCAUUCAAGAGUGGCAAAAGCGAGGGGGCGUCAUUGGCCGCGGUGUUUUGCUCGAUUAUGUCUCAUGGGCAGCUCAAAAGGGUCUCAGGUACAGUGCAGCAAGCAAGCAUUGUAUUACACACCACGAUCUCAUCGAUAUCGCCAAGGACCAGGGAGUGCAGUUUCGCGUUGGAGAUCUUUUGAUGCUGAGGACUGGAUGGAUCAAGUGGUAUAAUGAAGCGAGCUCCGAGGAGCGAGUGCAAGGUUGCAAGAAGCGCCACGAUUACAUUGGACUCGAAGGCACCGCAGAGUCCAUUGAGUGGCUGUGGAAUCAGCACUUCUCUGCCUUGAUUGGCGAUAACAUGGCCUUUGAGGCUUGGCCAGCGGAUGGGCCGUACCGCAUUCAUGACAACGCCCUAGCACUGUGGGGAACACCGCUGGGGGAGCUGUGGGAUCUGGAGGCACUGGCGGAGGAGUGCAAAAACCACAAUAGAUGGACCUUUUUCGUCACAAGUUGCCCAUUGAACGUUGAUGGAGGUGUAGCAAGUCCGCCCAAUGCUCUAGCGAUAUUCUAG